AUGAAAGAGCUUUUCUCACAGUGCGAAAUAUUCAAGAACAACAAGAACUUCGAGGGGGUUGUGCAAACAGCCUCCGCCAUUCUCACCCACGCCAUUCGGGAGGCGCUGGAAAUGGAGUCAAUCCCGCGCGACUACAGCAAAGUGAUCGAUGCAGUUGUGUUUGUGACGCAGAGAAUGCCCGGAACCAGAUACAAAAACACGGCAUUUUCUGAGGCGUACUGCAUCCUGGGGAAAAUAUUCGAAACUGGCGUCCUUGCCCCAGAGAAUAAAAAGAAAGCGCGCGAGUACUACGCCAUAGCAGCAGACCACAGCAACCCGUUCGGGUGCUACCGCCUGGCACACUUCUACGAAAACGGCAUAGAGUGCACGAAGAACAUGCACAAGGCAGCGCACUACUAUAAGCUGUCGGCAAACGGGGGCUGCUGCAGAGGGCUGCACCGGUACGGACUCCUUCUUCUGGAGGGCAGGCACUGCAAAAGAGACGUGAAAGGAGGCGUCUUUUACUUGGAGCAGGCAAAAAAGCUUGCCUCCCAAAACUAUCCGCACAUGCUGUACGAUCUUGGCGUGUGCUAUGAGAAGUGCCCUCUCCUGGAGGGGCACAUCCUCGAGGACCAGGAGUACGCGCUGUCUAUUUUCCAGCAGGGCGAUGCCUUGGGGUGUGCUCGAUCAAGCGUCCGCCUGGGAAAUGCGUACAAUACAGGAGGCCUGGGCCUUCCCCAAGACACGAAGCUGGCCCUGCACUACUACAUGCGCGGUGAAGCGUGGAGCAGUGAGGCACGCUUUGAAAUAUACCGGAUAUACGCCAGCCAAGGAAACCAGGCGUCUUCUCUGGAGUGGCUGAAAAAAGCUGCGGAAAUGGGGCACCCUGAGGCCACCCAUCUCUAUGCACAGACCCUGGAGCGUGGCGUGGGUGUUGAGGAAAACAAGCUCGAGGCGCUUUGGUGGUAUACAAUAGCCAAAACAAAAGGCGUCCACGUUGACGCAGAAAUAAAAAGAUGCAGAAGUAUGCUUUAG